AUUAUCGGAUCCAGAAAUUAUCAUCAGCGGAGGAGACACGAGUCACACGAUCCGUUCUUUGUCACUGUAUCCAACCAUCCCAAGAAACGUCCGAACUCCGAACUACAACUUCCGUCUUCUUUUAAACAACACAUGCCCACGACGACAGAAACCGAGUCGAUCACUUUGUUUGCUGAUCAAGAAAAUUGCAGCGUUGGUAAUUGCAGAGAUGGGGUUCUCUAAGAAAGAGUAUGAAUUUCUAGCUGAGAUCGGUUUGGGGCCCGAUAAUCUUGGUGGGUACGUAAAUGGUGAAUGGAAAGCAACUGGAUCUGUCAUCUCUUCCGUGAAUCCUUCAAACAAUCAGAUGAUUGCUAAAGUCACGGAGGCAUCUGUUGACGAUUAUGAGGAGGGAAUGCUUGCUUGCAAUGAAGCGGCCAAGAAAUGGCAGUGUAUUCCUGCUCCAAAGAGAGGUGAAAUUGUUAGACAGAUAGGAGAAGCGCUAAGAGCCAAAUUGGAUGUUCUGGGUCGGCUUGUAUCACUUGAGAUGGGAAAGAUACUUCCUGAAGGAAUAGGGGAGGUUCAAGAAAUUAUUGAUAUGUGUGACUAUGCUGUUGGGCUAAGCCGACAACUGAAUGGAUCUAUCAUACCUUCAGAACGUCCAGAUCAUAUGAUGUUGGAGGCAUGGAAUCCACUGGGAAUAGUCGGUGUAAUUACUGCUUUCAACUUUCCAUGCGCCGUUCUUGGGUGGAAUGCCUGCAUUGCGUUAGUCUGCGGCAACUGUGUUGUGUGGAAGGGUGCUCCAACAACUCCAUUGAUAACUAUUGCGGUCACAAAGCUUGUGGCAGAGGUUUUUGAGAAGAACAACUUGCCACGUGCGAUAUUCACCUCUUUCUGUGGAGGUGCUGAAAUUGGUCAAGCAAUAGCGAAAGAUACACGCAUAGCACUGGUCUCAUUCACUGGAAGUUCAAAGGUAGGUAUGAUGGUCCAACAAACAGUAAACGAAAGAUUUGGUAAAUGCUUGCUUGAAUUAAGUGGGAACAAUGCAAUAAUUGUUAUGGAUGAUGCCGACAUCAAGCUGGCUGUGCGUUCAAUUUUAUUUGCAGCUGUUGGUACAGCUGGUCAGCGCUGCACAACAUGCCGUAGACUGUUUCUUCAUGAAAGCAUAUACCAAAAGGCAUUGGACCAACUCGUUGGUGUUUACAAGCAAGUCAAAAUCGGGGAUCCUUUGGAGAAAGAAACUCUGGUCGGACCAUUACAUACUCGUGUCUCAAGGGAUAACUUUGAGAAGGGAAUCUCAAGCAUAAAAUCCCAGGGAGGGAAAAUCCUGGUAGGUGGAUCUGUUAUAAAUUCAGAUGGAAAUUUUGUACAGCCGACCAUUGUUGAGAUCUCUCCAGAUGCCUCCGUAGUAAAAGAAGAAUUGUUUGGUCCAGUUCUGUAUGUUAUGAAAUUUAAGACUCUGGAAGAAGCAAUUGAAAUGAACAAUUCUGUACCUCAAGGAUUGAGUAGUUCAAUCUUCACACGCAGACCUGAAGCGAUAUUUAAAUGGAUUGGGCCACAUGGCAGUGAUUGUGGUAUCGUGAAUGUGAACAUACCUACAAAUGGAGCUGAGAUUGGUGGUGCUUUUGGUGGAGAAAAGGCAACCGGUGGUGGUCGUGAAGCUGGAAGUGACUCCUGGAAGCAAUACAUGCGACGCUCAACAUGUACAAUAAAUUAUGGAAGUGAACUACCGUUGGCUCAGGGAAUUAGUUUUGGCUCAUAAAUAGGCAGUGAGGUAUGCUGCCGUGACAUCUGCGGCUAUUUUCCACUGGAGGAUCUAGAUACUUUCAGCAAAAUCUGCAGUAAGGGUUGUGCUUCUCUGUUGUCCUAUUUAAGUGUUUUAUGAAGAUAAAAAAAUGAGAAAAAAAAAAAAAAUAUGAUGGGCAUUUCAGAUAUUUCAGUACUGCAAACAAAAAGCAGUCUGAAAUAAUUUAUCUAAUAUAAAGGCUGUCUUGUUUGUUA